AUGUCGUUGUCGAAACAGCGUAUCCCGAAAGAAGACAUUCCGGUGCCUCUCCGCCAAUGGAACACCUUCCACUGGGAACUCAACAUUCUUUCCGCCGUGGCCCUGUACGGAGUGUACGAGUUCGUGAUUCCGGCCACCCACCGCACCUUGGCGCACGUGGUGCUGGGUCUCCUGGCGCUCGACGCCACACGCUACUACUACAGUCGCGGGACACUCGCGGGGGUCCCGUACACGCUUCCCCUCGUGACCAUCCUCGCCAUGUUGGCGCGUCCGGUUCGCUUCUGGACCGAACUCGCGCACAUUGCGCUCCAGAGCGUCGACGGACUCUGCGCCAAUCAACUCGUCGGCAACUUUAUGGUAUUCGUCACCGACCCCGCGCUCUGUCGGGAAAUCAUGACGGGAGAGGCGGAUUACGGGAUCUAUGCGCAUCCCAACGCCAUGUGGUUGUUUGGGGAAAAGAACUUGAUCUACAUCGCUUCCGAACCGCACAAGGCGAUCCGGGCGAUCCUCACACCGGCGCUCUUUUCCAAGAAUGCCUUGGGCCUCUACGCCAUGCAUCAAGAACGUGUCGUCCGUCAAUACCUCGCCAAGUUUGUCGAAAUAUGCCAACAGCCGGGGAAGGAUGCGCACAUUGACGCGCUCGUCUCCUUUCGGACCAUGGCCGCCGCGUCGUCGCAAGAAGCCUUCUUGGGUCCCUACCUCAACGACGACUUGCGUCAUCAUCUCGAACAAGACAUCGUCACCUUUACCAUGGGAUUCCUGUCCUUCCCCUUCCCCUAUCUGGGAGGACUCCGCCGUGCCAUUCAAGCCAAGAAUCGCAUCGAAGCAACCGUGCAUGAUGUUAUCCCCAAGGCCCGAGCCUGGGUACAGGCCGGCAAUGAACCACGUUGUUUGCUAGAAUUCUGGAGUCUCGCCAUUCAGAAUGCUGCCAAGGAACAGAACGUAAGCGCCCAGGACGUUCCCGGCUGCCAAGACGACGACGUUGCUCGUACCGUUCUGGAUUUUUUGUUUGCCGCACAAGACGCGACUAACUCGGCGUUGACCUACUCGUUGGACGUCUUGGGCGGACACCGAAAUGUCCUGCAAUCCAUGCGGAACGAAGUCGAUGCCGAAUGCGGCGACGGACCCAUCCACGCCAAGGCACACGCUGCGGAUUCUCUCGUGUACGUGGCCAAGGUGGCCAACCAGAUGCUCCACCACAAACCCCCCGUCCCCAUGAUCCCGCACAUUUGCAAACGCAACGUGACGCUCGCCGGACACGCUUUGAAAAAGGGCACCGUUGUGAUUCCUUCCAUCACGUACUCGGCGCGGGUCGGAGGCGGCAGUUUGGAGUUUAAUCCUCUUCGCGACGAUGCCGACGCUCAGUUUGUCAAGACAGUCACCUUUGGAGCCGGACAACACAAAUGUCCCGGACGCAAGUAUGCGGAAUCACUCCUCAACGUGUUUAUGGCCGUACUCGCCCAAGAGUACGACUUUGAGCGAGUGGCGGAUCAACGUCCCGGUGUGGACGAUUUCAUCUACUUCCCCACGGUCUUUCCGACCGAUACCCGCUUUGUUAUUCAGAAACGGGUCAAGGCGACCGAGUAG